AUGGCCAAUCUGUUUAAAAAGCUGCUUUCAACACAAUUAUUUAUUUAUAUUGUUCACAGAGAGACACGAAUAUCUUCAGCGGCGGCACUUGCCGGAGGCACGGAGCGACCUGAGCGAUCAUUGACAGCUUCAUUUGCUCUUUUGAAUUUAGUAUCAGGCCACGAUGGGGAAAAUACAUGGAGACAAGUAGGCCACGUGCUUGGUCGGAGUGUAAGGCUCCACACCAUCGUGUGGCCAGGAGGAAAGCUUGUUGCUCACGGACAGUCCGAUGGUGCCCGCACUAUAUUCCGCAUCGUUACAGCAUUAGCUCCCCCUUUUGUUAUGGAAGGUGAGCUUGAUGAGGACGGCCAAUGUCUCCGGGGCCUUCUAUGUCACCGGCCACAAACGUCCGACCGAGAUAACCUAACCCUUGCGUUCAAUGAAUUGGAAAGGGAAAGCGAUCAAGAUGAUUUUUUCUUUCCUACGUCAAAACCCGUACUCACCAAAAUGGAAACGCAUUGUUGUUACGGACUUGCAAUGGAUCUUUUAGAGAACAUAGCUCAAGAACUAGAAUUCGACUUUCAUUUAUAUAUUGUAGAAGAUGGAUUAUAUGGAUCCAGAAAACUUAUCAAACCAUUCCAUCGAAUAUUUGAAUAUAAAACGGUUGCGAGCGAAUACGCUCCAAUAAAUUAUCAAAGCUACCGUUCACAAUAUCGUAACGGUUACAAAUCACUAGAGGAGGACUCAGAAGAAACGCCAUAUCUGUUUGAUAUUGAGCCAGAUGAAAGUGUUGAAAAAUGGAAUGGCAUUAUUGGAGAUUUAGUGUCCGGAGCCGCGCAUAUGUCGUUUGCAGCUCUCAGUGUAUCUGCAGCUAGAGCAGAAGUCAUAGACUACAGCCAACCAUACUUUUUUAGCGGAGUAUCAAUACUAGCUGCUCCAAACCAACGACCCGACAUACCACUGCUUGCAUUUCUCUUGCCAUUUUCACCAGAGUUGUGGAUUGCUAUAUUUACUUCUUUAAAUGUAACAGCUAUAGCCGUAGCCAUAUACGAAUGGCUUUCCCCUUUUGGCUUAAAUCCUUGGGGCCGACAAAGAUCAAAGAACUUUAGUAUUUCCAGUGCUCUGUGGGUUAUGUGGGGAUUGUUAUGUGGACAUUUAGUAGCAUUCAAAGCCCCGAAGAGUUGGCCUAACAAGUUUCUGAUUAACGUUUGGGGAGGCUUUUCUGUGAUAUUCGUUGCCAGUUACACGGCCAAUAUAGCCGCUCUGAUUGCUGGACUGUUUUUUCACAAUGCGGUAGAUGAUUACCAAGGUCGAAGUAAUUGGCUGUCUUUGCGAGUGGGGACUGCUAGGUCGUCAGUGUCUGAGUACUACGUUCAACGAAAUAAUCCGCAGCUGGCGCAACAAAUGCGUCGUUACGCCCUUCAAGACGUUGAAGAAGGCAUUCAAAGACUCAGGAAUGGUACUUUGGACUUAUUAAUAGCUGACUCUCCUGUCUUGGACUACUAUCGCGCCACUGACCACGGUUGUAAGCUACAACGUAUUGGUGAUCACCCUCUUGCUGAAGAUGCUUAUGCCAUUGGAAUGGCUAAAGGUUUCCCUUUAAAGGAUAGUAUAUCAGCUGUGAUAGCUAAAUAUUCAUCGAAUGGUUACAUGGACAUUUUAACUGAGAAGUGGUACGGUGGCCUGCCUUGUUUCAAACUCAGCCCGGACUAUGGAAUCCAACCAAAGCCACUCGGUGUGGCGGCUGUUGCGGGGGUAUUCAUUCUACUGGGAGUUGGCAUGAUCGUGGGCUGUCUUAUAUUGAUCCUCGAACAUUUGUUUUAUAAAUAUACCUUACCCGUACUCCGACACCAACCUAAAGGAACGAUUUGGAGAAGCAGAAAUAUUAUGUUUUUUAGUCAGAAACUGUACAGAUUCAUAAACUGCGUGGAGCUGGUAUCACCUCAUCAUGCCGCCCGAGAACUCGUAAAUACCAUCCGUCAAGGACAUUUCACUUCACUUUUUCAGAAAAGUGUCAAAAGGAAGGAACACGAACAGCGUAGACGUCGAAAAAGUAAAGCCCAACUCUAUGAAAUGAUUCAGGCGAUACGAAGGGUACAGCAACGUGACCACUCGUUAGGUUCCAUCAAAGAACAAGAGCCAGUUGAAACUGAAACUGAAGCAUCAGAAGAAGUAACAGAAUGUAAAUUUCUGUCUCCGUCCCCCGAUGUAUCUAAUCGUUCGCCUCGACCAAGCCGGUCACCUCGGCAGCUGCGAUCACCGAGAGGUCGAAGAAAAAGAUGUAGUUUAGCAGGACUCAACGUACGCCGGUUUAGCACUGACUCAGUCUUGAAUACUGAAUCAGUAUCUAAUAUAUACGAACGCACAAGUCAUAAUAUAGGAAGAAGGCUUAGUCGAGAUGUCUUGACCAGCUCUCCACCUGAUAUAAACACUCGUCUUCGAACACCUUCACCGAUGGUUCGGCGCGCAGAAGGCUCCUCCACUCGAUCUUAUCAAGAUGUUUCGAGCACAGGUUGUCACACUCCACAAGCUAGCGUAGAGAUUCUAGUGUCUCAAGAUGAUUCGGAUUUACCACCCGCUCCCCCGUACCCUAGAGUACCUCCGAUGGGAGCGAGGUCAGAAUUAUCAUUACUAUCAGAAGAGGAACUGAUAAGAUUGUGGCGGAGCUCAGAGCGAGAAGUGAGAGAAGCAUUGUUGGGAGCUCUUCAGGAAAGAAGGGCAAAUUUAGAUCCUAAACAAGAUCCAGGAUGA